AUGAUACACAAACACUGUUUUGAGGCUCUUGAUAGAUCUAUGAGAGACAUCUUAAGUUCUGAUACGCCCAAUUGUGAUAACUUGGUGUUUGGAGGCAAGGUUGUCCUCUUUGGUGGAGACUUUAGACAAAUUUUACCAGUUAUUCCCAAGGGCACCAGAAGCGACAUUGUAAAUGCAUCAUUGAAUUCUUCUUAUCUGUGGAAUCAUUGUCGUGUACUCAAGUUAACUGUAAACAUGAGGUUACGAGUUGGGAGCUCGGAGUCCGAUUUAAACGAAAUAAAAAUGUUUGCGGAUUGGAUCUUAAAGCUUGGUGAUGGUCUUCUUGGCGAGGCAAAUGAUGGAGAAGUAGACAUUCCAAUCCCUGCAGACUUACUUAUUGACGAUAUCGAUGACCCAGUGAAAUCUCUAAUUAUGUUUACAUAUCCUAAUAUGGAUUCUAACUUGCAUGAUCCGCUUUAUUUCCAACAAAGAGCCAUACUUGCUCCAACCCACAAUUUAGUCAAUUCUAUCAAUGAAAAGUUGCUUCAAAUGAUUCCAGGCACCUUUACUUAG